AUGACAAACAGGUUCAGUAAGAAGGGCUUUUUUGAUGCCCUUCAAAAACUGGAUGAUUUCGAUGACUUCCAGGAUGAAGAUGACGACUCAAUAGAGAAGCUACUUAUCAGUUCUCGGCCUUCCCGAGCUUCAGAUUCCACUGCUGCUCGUAUAUCAGCGAGUACUCGACCAAUCUCUCUUCGUCGUUCCAUCACUGAGCCCCAGCCUUCACCUGCCGGUGGAUCACGGCAAGUCUUCGGUGUCGCCGAUAAGGGGAAUAUUCGAAGAACUGUUCAAGCAACAGAGUCGAAAGUGAGGACUGUCAAACGCGCCCAGACCACUGGAACAAUGCCGGUGUUAAAGACCGGGGGUCAUCCUGCGAAAAAGAGGAAAACGGAGAGCCUCAAGCUUGUCCCCGAGAAUCAACAAAUUUUCAAAGGGCUCUCAUUUUUCUUCUUUCCUAACAAUGAUAUCGCUCCUUCUCGGCGACUGCGAAUCCAGCGAGCCCGAGAGUAUGGCGCCAAGUGGGCCCAAGAAUGGACAGGAGGCAUCACGCAUGUGAUUGUCGACAAGGGCCUUCUAUAUCAAGACCUCCUAACUCAUAUCAAGGCGGAGAACUUAACUGCUCAAAUAGCCGUGGUCAACGAAACCUACCCUUCCGAAUGUAUCAGAUUUCGCUCAGUCUUGAGCACACUACAGGUGCGAUUCCGUGUUGACGGCACUCCGACGGCCACAGAUAAGGAGGAGCCGACUGUGGCUACUCAAACGAUAUACGCAGACACGCUGCCGUUGAAACCAUCGAGGAGGACACGGCAAAAAUCUCCAGAAACCUCUCAGUCGAACAAUGAGACAGCGCCAGUUGAGCCACCGCCCGGUCAGCCUGCACAGGUGACGGAAGAUGGCGCAGAUACACAUGGAAGGGAUUCUCUAGAUGAUAUCAUCGAUGAGACCAAAGCUGUCAGACAUUUGCCCCUCGAUACACUAGAUUCCGACGAAGAGUUCAAUGACCAGGAAACUGAUGAUGAAUCCGAACCGAAGGAGCCGCCCAAUAAAAAACAGCAUCGACCGCCCGGGGAACACAAAACGGGAGACUCAUGGACGCAAAAUUUCGCUUGCAUGCAGAAGUACGACCCGAACGCAAAGGGCGAUAGCCCAAACAGCAGGACCAUCGAGAUCCUGCAGCAGAUGCUGGAUUAUUAUACGCGCACCGCUGAUCAAUGGCGGACACUGGCCUACCGUAAGGCGAUCGGUGCACUGCGCCGACAACCACAAAUGGUUGCAACACGAGCCCAGGCUCUGGCCAUCCCUGGGAUUGGAACCCGACUGGCGGAUAAGAUCGAGGAAAUCGUGCUCACCGAUCACCUCCGUCGUCUAGAUCACACGAAAGGCACCACCGAGGAUCGAAUCAUCCAAAAAUUUCUUGGUAUUUACGGAGUCGGUCUUGUCCAAGCGAGCAGAUGGGUUGCGCAAGGUUAUAGAUCUCUCGAAGAUCUCCGUGAAAGAGCGCCGCUCAGCAAGAACCAGCGCGUUGGAGUAGAGCGCUAUCACGACUUUGCACAGCGGAUUCCACGCAAGGAGGUGGAAGAACAUGGGGCGAUCGUUAGACGGGCUGUGCAAGCGGUCGACAAAGACAUGCAGGUCGUCAUCGCGGGCUCUUACCGCCGCGGGGCACUGGAUUCGGGGGACAUCGAUCUGCUCAUAACCAAGCCCGACGCAUCGCUCGAGCAGAUACAAAGACUGAUUAUGAACAUCGUCAUCCCGCAGCUGUUUGAUAAUGGAUUUUUACAAGUCGGACUAGCUACAUCACGGCAUAACCACGACGCAUCCAAAUGGCACGGCGCGUCCGCUCUGCCUGGGAAUGUGUGGCGGCGAAUUGAUUUGCUUCUUGUGCCCGGAGCCGAGUUCGGAGCUGCAAUUCUUUACUUCACCGGUAAUGACAUUUUCAAUCGCAGCAUGAGACUGCUAGCCCGUAAAAAGGGCAUGUCGCUAAACCAACGAGGGCUGUACACGGAUGUGCUUCACCGCGCCGGCGUGAAGAUCAAUCCGGGGCGACUGCUGGAGGGGCGCGAUGAGCGCCGGAUCUUUGCGACACUAGGAGUACCCUGGCGACCUCCAGAGCAUCGAAUUUGCUAG